UCAAGGAAGAAAAUAUGGAACUUGAAAAACAAUUACAUACAGAAUUUAUUAUUGAAGAUGAAAUUAAAGAAGAAAUAUUGGAAGAACCACUUGAAAUAAAGUUUGGUUUACUUCAACAUAAAUUCACUCAAGGCGGAAAAAAGCCUUUUUCUUGUGAAUUUUGUAAUAAAACAUUUACUCAGCAAGGUAAUUUAAUUGCGCAUAAACGAACACAUACUGGCGAAAAACCUUUUCCAUGUGAAUUUUGUGAUAAAAAAUUUAUUUUAAAACAGAAUUUAAUUAAACAUAAACGGACUCAUUCUGGUGAAAAAAUAUUUUCAUGUGACAUUUGUAAUAAAACAUUUACCCAGCAAGGUAAUUUAACUGUGCAUAAACGAAUACAUACUGGCGAAAAACCUUUUCCAUCCACAUCACCCCCCUGGCCAGUGAUGAAGCCAGUGGAAAAUCACACAAAAUCCUCUUAA